GCCUGUCCAAAAAAUUUUUUAAAUCCGUAGCGAUAAUGCAGCAGUUCAGUGCGCGAGAAAAGUAUUUAGUGUCCAACACCUUGAAUUGCUGGCCCGUGAUGCUGCAGGGCCAGUCCGUGCUCAUAGACCUGCACAACGAGACCUCCGUGGCCGGGAUCAUCGACAUAGCGGACGGGCACAUGACCUGCGAACUCUCCCAUGCAGUUUUCAUCGAUCGCAAUGGAGGUCAGCAUCCCUUUGACCACUUCAUGGUGCGGAAUCGCAUGAUCCGGCAGAUACACAUACCCACGCAUUUGGAUGCCGAGCAGGAACUUCGAAACGCCAUGGAACGGGGUGUGCUGCGAAGAAAGCGGGUGGAAACCAAGGGAGGAAAGCGCACUUUCAAGCAAAAACGAGCGGAGAUGCGACACAAGGAAACCCUACAGAUGAUCUCCCAGCAGAAGAAGGAACAGAAAGAAACCUAAACUAUUAUGUACAUUCCCCUAAGCAUGCUUAUUUAUUCGAUAUAUGUUUAAUAUUAAAUCCAAGAAGAUUAUCCUUCAAAAUGAGAAAUCCAAAAAGCCUAGA